UUUUUUUUUUUUUUUUUUUGCCUGUUGCUGUUGUUCUAAAAGCAGCCGGGACUUUCUGUUCCUUCCCCUGCAAUCGUGUUCACGGAACGCUGGGGUUAUCGACACUCUGAUAACUUCCUGAACAAGUGGUGGGUGGGGAGAACAAAGUGACCACUGGUUUGAAUCUUGCCUCUGUGAGAGAAGCUAUUAUCUUCCCUAGGCGGCUUUGGGGCAGAGAAUAUACACUUUCUUGGGUCUCCCAAUCUUGACUCCCUUUAAUCCAAGCCUCCAAGAAGCCAGAAUGAUCUAUGGCCUUUCUGAGUGGAGUCACAACUUCCUUGCUUCAAAGUGUGAGUUCUCUUCUUGGCCUAUUUGGGUUGAUUGGUCCUUCAGCUGCACUGGAUUUCAACGGUUCUCCCUAGGGAGAACGGCCUCGAUAUCGAGAGAUUUCUUAUAAAGAUCCAGGAUUUGGGCGUUGCAUGGAAGGCGGGUAACAGGGCCUGCUGGAGCUCCCAGCUUUGCCCUUUGAUAGAGGGUAGACAUUUUUGUUUGCUCCCCUUGGUCCAGGAGCAAGUUCUGCGCAGGUCUAUGUAUGUGGAAAGAUUGAUCACAGUGAGGCUGCCACUUUACCUGCCUGUCUUCUCUGACUUUGUCCUCAUAGACAGUCUCAUAGCGGCUAAGUAACAGUUUGCUUGUUAAAGGAAGAGCUGCCAGGACUUUUAUUAAAUAAGAAGACUUCACUUAAGAUGGGCAGACUCUGAGGCGGGCAUGGUGCCUCAUGCCAGCAGAGGCAGGAGAUCUCUUUGAGUUCAAGGCCAGCCUGGUCUACAGAGUGAAUGCCAGGAUAGCCAGGGCUAUUAUACAAAGAAACCCUGUCUGGGGGUGUGGGUGUGUGUGUGGGGGGCACAACUCUGCUAGGGUUUUGUAAAAGUGGAGAGAGAUCUGGUUUAACUCCAAAUACAAGGACAAGUUAAGUAUUUAUAAGCAGGGAUCUGCAUCGAGGGGGUUGUGCUUAUCUGCAAAUGAAAAAUUGCUAAGAGGAAGUUCUGGGGGCACAGGAUGAUUCCGGCUAAACCUACUUGACAAGAUUCUUGCUGAAGGCAGGCCAGUGUGAGAGAAUGAGGGUGGAGACUCUCACUAAACUGAACCUGCAGGAUUCCCGCUAAAUCUAGACUCUAGAACAAAGACAGAAGCUCCAGGUUGAGGCAUGCUGAGGCUUAAUGGAGCCUAAGAGAAUUAGGACCAGCAGUCUUAGGCAAUUAGACUUUAUUUAAUUGUAAGUUUAUUUAUUUCGGUGUAUGUCUGCUUUGUCUGCCCCUAUGUAUGUAUACCACGAGUGCACGCUUGGUACCCUUGUCGGCCGGUAGAGGCCUAAAGCUAGAGUUUGGAAUGGCUGUAAAUUGCCUUGUAGGUGGUAGGAACUCAGACUGGGUCCUGUGCCCCAUCAGUCAGUGCUUUCAACCACUGGGUCAUCUCUCCAGCCCCUUACUCCAUUAUUUAACCUUUGCCAAAGAGACCCAUUUUGCAGACACUUCUGUAGCUUUGCUCCACGGCAAAAUCCACAUUUGGCCUGGCCACCAUCUGUAGAAUGCUUCAAUCGAGUUUCUUAGUUUUGUUAGUGGGAAUCGAACUCAGAUCCCCACUCAUGCUAAGUUCCUGUUAUACACACAAAGCCACAUCUACAGGGAGUUAUAUUUUAGAUUCUCAUGUUCUAUUAAUCCAUAACCUCUGGGAAGGGCAUGAAGUAGUAGAAACGAAGAAAGGCGGUUUCUCAGCUUCAGGUCCUUUCCAAAACAACUAGAAUUCCGUUGGCUACUUAGCUAAGUAUUUGCGUUCUGCUAAGUGAAGCCGAGGAGAGGACAGAUGGCAGCAUUGUCAUGUCAUGGUCUGCCGUUUCCAGAAGGGUAUGGAAACGGACAUGGGAGACUUACCGGAUUUCUGGAGCAUUCGUCAGCGAAGGCUGCGGAAUGAGAUACUUUGUUGCUGUUUACUCUAAACCCAAGACUCGAACAAGAUAGGUGUUUUAGAAACUGGGGCAUCUGUUUCUCUUGUCUUAAGCUGCUGCUGCAGGGAAUCAGGAUUUAUCACUCCAGGCCACCCUGGAGCUGGUUCUGUUUUUUAGCUCAGUCAAGACAAGGCUUCCCCAGGAGCGUAGCCAAACUUGGAAAGACCAAUGGAAACUGGUAUGUUCAUUUUUAUAAUUUAUCGAACGUCUAUUAAGUGUGUACUCUUGCCCAAAGUCUCUGCAGAAGCAAAAAAAAUUAUAAAUGUGACGUGGUCUCUGACCUUUGGAAUCUUACGAUCCAAAAGUAGAAUGCAUACAUGUAGAUAAGCAUGUUACCCGUGCUGUGCUGAGGGUAGCAUGACCUUAUACCAGAGACAGUCUUGGCCUGUUGUCUUGGUGUUGCUACUAAGAAUGCACCUUUUCAUGUUUUAGAACUAAGUGUGACAGUGUGGCCUGUAUAAAUUCAUGUGUAAAGGGGGUAGAAAGUGUAGAGAGACGAGUAGGUUCCCUGCACUAGUCACGGAGCUGAGAGCUAAGAGAAGUUUGGCCAGCCAAGGUCAGGGUCUUACAGGAAGCUUGAGGUUCAGAUGAGAGAAGAGGGGUGUUUCAGAAGACUCUGCAGGCAAAGAAAGAGAGUUCUGGAAUUAGGAGCAGUGGUUCGACCUAAGCUAAAUAAUUGUUUGCCAAGUUUACCCUUUGACCAUCCCUCAAGGCCGUUAUUAGACUGUCUAGACACGACUGUCCCCUUCCUCCCCUUCCUCCCCUUCCGGGCUAGGAAUGGAAUUUAGGGCCCAGAGGCCUGCGAAGGAGCUGCUCCCUCUGAGGUACAUCCCCAGUGUGAAUUUGUGUUUUUACCAUCUCUUAGGUGUUCUUGGGCAUACAAAUUUUAUAUUUGGAACUCUGCUGAUGGUGACUAGGGAAGCAGGAUUAACCAGACGGAGAAAGCCCUGAGGGACAGACAGCCCUGAGGGGCAGACAGACACUAAGUCUAACCAGUUAGGGAGUGCAGGAACUAUGCAAGGAUGGGGGAGGAGGGAAAAGAGGAGAGGGUAGCACUCUCGAAGAGGAAGAAUGAUCAAGACCAGGUAUCGACUUACAUGUGUACUAUUUUUAAGCUACAGAUACACGUGUCAAAUCCAGGAAUCUAAGGGAUUUCUAGUCUGAAGAUUUACUUGAUCAUAAACCCAAGACGGCGACAGCUGGGUAGUGUUGGCAUAUUUGGUGUAGACCUAAAACAAAAUGUCUUCUGCUCACAUUGUAAAAAAAGUCGGGGUUGGGGAUUUAGCUCAGUGGUAGAGCGCUUGCCUUGUGGGUCCCCAGCUCUGAAAAAAAGAAAAAAAAGUCUUUCGACACUCUUUGACAGUCAAUGUGUAUCUCAGGCAAGAAGCAGUAGUGGAUUCUAAAGCAUCCUCCUGCUAUUAUUAUUAUUAUUAUUAUUAUUAUUAUUAUUACUAUGGUAGGAUACCUGCCAAGCCUUAUCUUACAUGUUUGCUCAUCUUUGUUAUGGAGUGUAUAAGACAUUUGCGAUUUGUCUGCAGUCCACGUAGUGCCAACUCCUUUCAGGGGAGAUCAGCAGCGUCCUGCAAAUUUUAGCCUGACCUUGUCCUGAAUUUUGGAGGCACACACACUCUCUGUGGGAACUGUAGCCACAUCAUAAAUUUCUCCGAGACUCUGAGAAAUGUCAGUCCUACGGGAAACACUCGGAUGAACUAAUAGUCUCAGACUUGGCUUUGGAGAAAAUGGAUUCACUGGGAGAGAGGGCCUGGGGCAGUCUCUUAGUGGAAUUCCUCAAAGAUAAAGGGAAAAAUUCUUCUUUUCAAAGAUAAACGCCUUAACUCAGAAGACUGCUGUCACCAGACCUGCUGGUUCUGUACUGAAGACCUCUGUACUGCAAACCAAGGACCCAAGAAUUAUCAGAAAAAAAAAAAAAAGCUUAAAGUUAUGAAAAGAAAGGACAACGGGAAAUCGCUCAGGCUGUCUUGUCAGGGGGCAAUUUUGCAUCUAUCCCAGGUCAUGCCUCUCUGGAGGCCUCCAUGAGUGUGGUUUGGUACCAGCAAGCAUCUUCAAUUCUUGUCUUGCCCGGGAGCUUUCCAAAUCCUGGGAGUAACAAGGAUGGAGAUGACCAGUGUCAAGGAGCGGGUACAACACUCUUCAGAGAGUCCGAGUGUUUUUUUUUUUUUGUUUGUUUGUUUGUUUUUUUAAUUAAAUAGGGGUCUUAACUCCGGUGCGGUGCAGUGUCAGUCACGCCAUUAAGUCCUAGCGGCAGGAAGCUCAGAUAAAAGGGGAAGAGGAACGGCGCCGCGGCGCGCACACGCUCGGAAAUGGAUGUCGGCAACGCGCUGCGCGCUGCAGGCGCGGGUCCCGCCGGGAGGGCGAGCGCGGUCGAGCAGCCCCUGCCCAAGGCCGGGCGCGACCAGCGCGGCAGGGGGAGCGCGCUUCCAAGCGGCCGCCCCCGCGCGCCGCGCCAGUAGUUCGGUCCGAGGGGGCGGCUCCAGGGGCGCGGCUCCGCAGCGGCCGAGGCUGCUCCAGGCGGGAGCGGACCCCAGAGCCUGUCGUCUCAGAGCAGGACUGGGGGACAGGCAGGCGGGCGGGCGCGCGCGGGGGCGAGCUUCGGCGCGGCGGCCCCGAGGAGCGGGGGCGAGCGGCGCUGCGGGGCCGUGGGAGGAAGCGCUGCGCCCGGCCCGACGGCGCUCGUUGAGCCACAUCCGCGGGUCGCCGGCGACGUUGCCGGCGCCUGUCAAGGCCCCUCCAUUUUGAAGGAAGAGGCCGCCGUUUCCCCACCGCAGGGGCGGUAGCCGCGCUCAUGGCGUUCAGUCCCUGGCAGAUCCUGUCGCCCGUGCAGUGGGCCAAGUGGACGUGGUCCGCGGUGCGCGGUUCGGGCGCGGGAGAGGACGAAGCUGGAGGUCCCGAAGGCGACCCCGAGGAGGAAGAGGACUCGCAAGCCGAGACCAAAUCCCUGAGUUUCAGCUCGGAUUCUGAAGGUAAUUUUGAGACUCCUGAAGCUGAAACUCCAAUCAGAUCGUCUCUCAAGGAGUCUUGUGAUUCAUCACUAGGAUUGUCAGAACCCGAGGCCAAACCCCAAGAAUCACGAGAAGCCGAUGAACAGCCGGUAGCAGAAUUAAUUGAAAAAUGCUCGCCUGAUGCGUGUUCUAGAUCUUCAGGAAAUGAAGCGCCACAGGCCACUAUCGAUUCUUACUCAGUCAAGGAUGUCAGAGGGAAGGCGGAACAUGAUGUUAGCAAGAUCUCAGUAGUGAGGCCGUUUUCCAUAGAAACCAGGGACUGCACAGAUGACCCUGCUGCUCAUGGCUGUGUCCCUGUGCUCCCAGGCAAGGCCUUGCCUUCCACCACACCCGAAGCCACUCAGGACCAGCCAAUGAUGGACAGAGGCAUGGGGGUUACAUUGGAGGCUUUUACAGAAGUCAAUCUGAAGACUGGAGGCCCCUGCCCAGAGCCUGUGCCCAGCAGAAGCAGGCUAAGAAAGCCCAAGCCUGUCUCCCUGAGGAAGAAGACAGCUGGGGACAACACCUUUGAACCCGAAAUGUUGAUGGAGGGUUCACUUCUCCCUAAGGCUUCCUCCCCGUGGAUUCCUGAGGAGUCUGAUAAGAACUCGAAUCCUAGUUUGCUGAGAGGCUUGAGGGCCCACAAAUCUCCCCUUAACCUUAAAGAAGCUGCUAGCAUUCACUGUAACAGCGCCGGUGACUCGGGGGUUGAUCUGCAGGAGGGGUCCAGGGCCUCACCUCUCAAACUUGAUGAUUUUACAGAAGACGGGCGGAGUGUCGAGACCAGGAGUGCCCUUCCGAAGCAGCCUGGCAGGAAACCCAGCCACAAACUGGCACCCAAUAUACGAAAAGAUGGCUCCAGUAAGCCAGUAGGUGUUGAGCAGCUCACAGACCCAACCAUUGAAGAUGCCUCCCUCGCCCAGACGUCUCCCAAGUUAGACCCAAGUAAAUGGGGUCGUCCUAACUUUAAUUCCUUCGGGAGCUGCCCCAUUUUGCAGAGCUCCCCGCCCGUCUCCUCCAAAGGUUCCUACCACCUUGACCCAGAUAACGUUAACGCCGAUGAAUCCGGGGACCCCUGUAAGCCGGCGACAGCUUUGACAGGCAGCGGCUUUUGCUCUGCCACUGGUAAUCAUGUUAAUGAAAUCUUAGACUCACCCAAGAAGGCACAGUCGCGUUUAAUAACGACCUCUGAGCAAGUGAAAUUUCUCUGUUUUCUGUUGAGUGGCUGCAAGGUGAAGAAAUACGAAACUCAGUCUCUUGAUUUGGACGCUUGUUCUCAGGAUGAAGGAGCCGUGAUCUCACAGAUUGCAGACAUUCCUAAUCGGGACGGGCACGCCACCGAUGAGGAGAAGCUGGCGUCCACGUCGUGUAGUCAGAAGUCAGCCGGGGCUGAAGUGAAAGGCGUAGAAAAGGAGGCAUACCAGAAGAUGGAGGAGGAGGAGCUGACUGUGCAUGGACUGCUGGAGACCUCUUCAGAAAAGGCCCCCGUGUCUGUGGCCUGUGGAGGUGAGAGCCCUCUGGAUGGGAUCUGCCUCAGUGAAGCAGACAAGACUGCUGUGCUUACAUUGAUCAGAGAAGAGAUCAUCACGAAAGAGAUUGAAGCAAAUGAAUGGAAGAAGAAAUACGAAGAGACCCGAGAAGAAGUCCUGGAGAUGAGGAAAAUUGUGGCAGAAUAUGAAAAGACCAUUGCCCAAAUGAUCGAAGACGAGCAGAGGACAAACAUGAGCUCUCAGAAGAGUUUCCAGCAGCUGACUAUGGAGAAGGAGCAGGCUCUGGCUGACCUGAACUCUGUGGAAAGGUCCCUUUCUGAUCUCUUCAGAAGAUAUGAAAACCUGAAAGGCGUGCUAGAAGGGUUCAAGAAGAAUGAAGAAGCCUUGAAAAAGUGUGCUCAGGAUUACUUAGCCAGAGUGAAGCAGGAAGAGCAGCGCUACCAGGCCCUGAAGGUCCACGCUGAGGAAAAGCUGGACAGAGCCAACGAGGAAAUCGCUCAGGUUCGGUCCAAGGCGAAGGCUGAGAGUGCGGCUCUCCAUGCUGGACUCCGGAGGGAGCAGAUGAAGGUGGAGUCCCUGGAGAGGGCCCUUCAGCAGAAGAAUCAAGAGAUUGAAGAACUGACAAAAAUCUGUGACGAGUUGAUCGCAAAGCUUGGAAAGGCCGACUGAGAGUCGUCCCGUGAGCUGUGCAGAUCCGAGUCUGGCUGCUUCUGUCGUGACCACAUUAUCUUGCCUUAUCCAGAAAUAUCUCCCCCCUUUGCAGAGAAAAAUAACUGUUUCAAAAGCACAUGCCUGCUGCUGCCCGCCUGUCCGUCCCGCUUCGCCGCGCGCAGCUGUGGCCAGGCUGGUGGAGAUGGAGUCACGUGACCGCAGAGCCCCGCGACCAGGCUGCCAGCUUCCCUUAGGCACGCUGCUGCUGGGUCCGGCUUAUGCUUCUCCAACUUGAGUUCAUCUCGCUGUCGUCCUUGCUUUUCCCAAGUUUGUGACAUUUCUAAUUUUGUGGCAACUGUGUGGGUUUAUCUUCCCAGCUCCUGAUAUUUCUAUGGCCUAGUUAACCUUUAAAAUUUUCAGGAUCGUCAGUUUUAUCGAAGCGGGGGACGGUCUGGCCCAUCAUUACGAACACUUUGUCUAGGAGGCUCCAAGCUCCCUUUUAUUUACAGACUGUACAUUCUGCUGCUCCCCACCCCACCCCCUCGAUGCAGAUAAGAGCCUCUAGGGAGGAGUUUGGCUACAUAAAUAAAUAUAGACUCUUAUUUUGAAACAGAGCCGUAGGUCUAAAAGCCAGCUUCAGACUUCACAGGGGCUGGGAAUGUAGCUCCGUUAGUAGACAGCUUCCUGUACACAGAGCCCUGGGUUUGGCCCCCAGAAUGUUGGAGGGCGUGCCUGUAACCCAACCCUCCAGAGGUGGAGACAGGCUGAUGAGAAAUUUGAGGUCAUCCUCAACUACAUAGCCACUCGGAGGCCAGCCUGGACUAACUACAUGGGGCCUUGCUUUACACAAGGAGUGAGUGGAAGCAUGGGGUAUCCUAGCUAGUGGGAGAUGGGACAGGACGAUCACUUGAGCCCAGAAUUUAAGGACAGCAGUGCACCAGGCAAAUAGUCCUUUUCUCAAAAAUCCUACUAAACCUUGAGUCAGGGUGGAGAGGUUGAGCGUGUGAAGGCCAGGGGACAUAGGUUUCACGUCUAGGGAAGAUUUGCUGUGCCGUCUCUUGCCCCGGUAUUUGGACACCUCAGAAGCUCAGCGUGGCCCCACGCGCUCAUGCUGAAAGCAGCAUCACGUGACCAGCAGCAUAAACCUCCCUCAGAGUUGGCCUAGGCUGCAUGUGUCCACUUGGGGCCGGUUAGUCUCCGAAACAAAGUCAACUUUUGUCAUCUAUUUGAAACACACACAAAUGGGACUUGGGAAAGGUUUAGUUGAUCUUGUUAAAAGAUGGUGGACGCUUACAAACCAGUUAGAGUGAAGAUCCUUAAUCUUCUAUGUUUACUAGCAGACAGCACCCUUUUAGAGACUUAAAAACAACAGCCACAACAAAUUCUUCCUUCCUUACUCAAGCUGGGUUUUAAAACAAAACAGGCAGUAAAGAGUCCAGUAGCUCCCCUGGGCAUAUUUUAAGCAAAGACUGCUUGAAUGCUGGGGAGGGGAAUAGGGAGAAGUUCCACAUAGACAAAACAAAAGUCUGUGAACUCAUACUGGACUUACACUGGGGGACAUUAACCCCCAAAUAAGAAUACCCCACAUUGGCACUGGUGACUUCCUUUCCAUGAUAGGCAAAGCCAAACCCAUUUAGGUUUUAUUGCUUUUAUUUUGCCUUAAUCUUAACACCCUGAGUCUUCAUAGUAAGUGUACACUAUUUAGUACACAUAUAUUUUCCUCCUUGUAACACCGUUGCAUGAGCCAAGUCCAGCAAUGAAUUGUGCCUCGUAGAGAGCCUCCAUAGAUCUUAUAAACAGUGUCCUUAGCAGCGCGUUACCAUGUGGUGUAACCUUUAGCCCCAGGGAAGCAAUGUCUUUUCAAGCUAGAAAUCACAUCUUGUCAAUAUGCAUUUAUUAUAACAGGUGCUUAAGUUAGGCUGUAUCCUGAGGCCUACUGUCUUUUAACCUUUUGUACAAAAAAACACAAGCAGACAGAAGUUAUCUGUGGUUGGAGAAAUGGCUUGACAAUCAUUUGGGCUCUGAAUUUAGUCACAGUGGCUUAACGUGAAGCCCAUAGCAGUACAUGUAGUGUCGUGUUCAAGUGUCUUCAAGGGAUAGACCCAGUGCCAGCUUGGCCAUCUUCCUCAAGGGAAGCUAAUUUUGCAUUUUAAGAACCCCCCUCCCCAACCCCGCGGAAAUUUCUGCUACAGUGUUACAGCGGCAUCAGUGUGUGUGCUCAUUUUAUAUUGACUUAUUUUCAGUAUGCAAGCCUUCAGAGUGGUCUCUAUUAUAAACCUCUUAUUUCCUAUUUUUUUUUUCUUUUUGGUAGUACUGAGAUUGUACCCAGGGUCUUGAACAUGCCAGGCAAGUGCUUGGCCGUGGGACUACAUCUUCCCCGGUCAUCUUUUUAAGCAUGCAUGUUUUUAAAGCAUCUUGUGCUGUGCUGUGUGUAACCAAGGCACAGGAGAGGAGUGGUGACCGUCCCUCCUUGCCUCACUGGCAGACAGGCCUUGAAAAACAGGCCUUGAUAAAUGUCCCCAUGUGCAGAGGGCAUAAACUAGCCCUCUAAGCAAUGUUUGCCAGUGGCCUCUUAGUCACCCCCAUCACCAGGAAAUGUCACAGCUUCUAGCUUCUGGAGAUUCUCCAACAGGAAUAAGAAUGUAGCCCGCGCAGCUGGCAAAUUAAGAAGAUAUACUAGUCUAUUUAUUUUCUUUUAAUUAAAUAAGCCCUAAAAAGCUUUUUAGCACUCUGGAGAGUAAAAAUAUAAAGUUUUCUUCACCACAUGCUGGGGGCCAAAUGCUUUUUUUGUUAAGUGAUUAAAAGGGGGUUGGGGUGGGGGACCAGGCCUGGUGGCACAUGCAGAUAAUCCUAAGUAAAUCCCAGCACCCUGGAGGCAGGCAGGGACCAGAAGUUCAGGCUUUGACUGGGCUAUACUGUGAGGCCCUUGUCUUCUCGAGAGCUGGAGCUGUGACUCAGUGGUAGUGUUGCCAAUCCCCGGCACUGUAAAAAUAAAUAACAAAAGAUUUAAAAUACAAGAGAAAUGCUCCGAGUGGCUUAGGAAUAUUAGGUGAUCUUGUUGACACUCUCAGCAUAGAACUGUUCCUUCAGUUCCGCACUGCCAAAGUCCAGACGACUCUUGCCUGUCAGUCAGUACCACAGACGGACGGGUUUACUGUGUGCUGGAAGGCGGCGCUUACUCUGUUUGGAGACCGGGAGUCCCCCCAGACUUGGUAUUCUCUGAAGCUCUAGUGCGGACUCAAGCGUCUUCAGAAACAGACCAAACUAACAAGUGCGGAACGGAGCACGCGGUUGGGAGGCCGGGAGCGAGCGCGUAGGAUGAAAUCCCUGACUUCAGGGUUAGAGCUUAAGCUAAACUUUGUUUCCAACCCUGUUCUCCCUGCAGACUUGGCACUGCCUGCGCACACAUGUCUGCACACUCGCUCGGCAGCCUGGGUUGAGCCUGGCCGGCCGAAGUCCUCGCUUUCAGCAAAGAUCGCACAGGCUAGAAAGGGCACUCGGCGGCCCACGGGCUUUCAGGAUCUGUGGCCUAAGCUCAAGGCAUACUGAAUUGAAGGUGGUGUGGACCUUCUGAAGCCCCUCCCGAAUUCCCUGAGGCUCAUUUCAGCUGGUGAUCUCACGCCUCAGCUGCCCCUGCUGUCUCUGUGGGACUGUGGCCCUCUAAGCUCGCUCUCAGGUUUUUUGUUUUUUUAAAUCUUCUUGGGAAGAGAGAAUAUAGAUGUUGAAAGAGUACAAAAUAGAUUUAGGCAAGGAGUUUAGAGAUGUCUAUAUUAUGAAGCAUUUUAAGGGUAACAGAUUAUUAUUUACUUACCAAUGAACAGGUAAGGUCUGGGGAUCCCAGACCGCCAAGCCAAAGGUGGAAGAAAUCGCCUUUCAAAAAGUUUUAACAAUGAAGUUAUUUCAAAGGAGACUAAUGUCCAAGAAAGGUUUGACUGGCCUCCAGAUUCCGAUUAUUUUUUAAAAAGCAAUUUACCAGGGCUGGGGAUGUAGUUCAGUUGGUGACACACUUGCUCAGCACAAGUCCCUGAAUGUCAUUCCCCAGUGCUGGGGGAAAAUCAGAAAAAAAGAAAUAUUUACUACUAAGUCCUUCCUGAUAUGGAGAGAAAAGGGAGACGCGUGUAGAACCAGGUCUUCUCCAUAGGCGUUUCUAGAACAGUUCAGGCGAGCACUUGGCCCCUCGGAGAGCGAAGCUCGCACUUCUAGUCCUUCCCACCCAGAUGCAGCGCCCCCUGUCUGUGCCUCUCAGCAUGCAGUUAGAUUUGGACAAAUAAGAUUCCCGAGGAAUGACUUUCUCCAUGACACCACGGUUUCAGCUUUAUGUAAACACACACACAUCCCCUUAUAGUUCUAGUCUGGAGAUGCUGCUGCCAUGCUGGCCUCAGGUAGACUGUGUGAUGUUUUUACCACUCAGAGGAGGCCAAGCGUGGGGCUGAGGUGUGGCCUGAACCUUCCCUGUAUGGAGUCUUCAAUACCAACUCUCAGGAUGCCACGCUACCCCCUGCCUUCUCGUGGCAUCUGAGUACACUCAGCAAAAGCACUUCCCCACAUCACGAAAGAAACUGAUUCGGUAUUUGUGAAUCACUUUGCAAAUGGACACACAGAAAUCUGAGCUCUGAAACUCCAUCCAGACCAGAUACAGGGCAGUGUGAAGAUCACACCCUCAGCCUCAGUGCUGUCCCUCAAAGUCCUUGGGAGAGGACUCAGACACUCGGAUGAGUCUCCAAGGCACCUGUCAACUUUCUAGUAUUGCCGUUAGCGAGUCUGUGUUUGCCAAUAGAUACCCACUGUACUAACGUGCCAAGUGUUUAUUUGCACAUCUGCUUCCACUGUGUCCAGCACCCACCCCCCAACCCCACCUCCUGGUGCCCCGGAGUGGCAGGGGGGCACACACUGCAUUGACUCCUGCUGUCAGGACGGUGUUGUGCAGAAUAAUCAUCCUCAUAGAUUUUAUACACAUAGUAAUUCCCCUUUUUAUAUGUCAGGUAAAUAUUUGUAAAAGUUAUACUCACACAAAAGAAAUUAUUAUGAUAAUUACUAAUAUAUUUUUUCCAUGUUUCAUUGCCUGAAUAAAAACUGUUUACCACUGUUGCA